AUUGGCAUAUUAGCAAUUUGGGCAGUUUGAUUUCAUCCUUAUUGUCGACUUUUAUUGUCGGGGAGUCCUCAAUUAAGGAAGCAAAUAAAUGUUUGCAAUUGCCCAUAAGAACAGGAAAAGAAAAAAAAAAGUCAUUUCAGAAGAAUUAUUUCGCAAGAUUCAAAACCCCAUAUUCUUAGUUUCUUUCACGCAACGAAUAACCCCUUCACUCAUCAUCCCCAUCAAAAUUCUAAAACAUUCUGUUUUACAGAUCUCUAUCGUUGUCAUCACCUCAACAAGAAGAAAGCAAGCUUGCAGUGAAAUAGCGAAAAUCCCCUAUUACCCUCCUGGUUUUCUUUUUGUUGCACCGGCUGCUCGGUUUCCCGCAUUCAAGACUAUAAUUUACAAAACGGAAGGAAAAUUGCAUUGUGGGUAUUGAAGCGUUCGCGAAGUUCAAUUGUGGGUUAUAAAGAAUUCGAAGCCUUUGUGUUUGUUGGGGGUUGGAAUUACGAAGAGCCCCGAGGUGGGUUGUUUGCGAAUAUUCAUUUCGAGGAUCUCUGAUUCUUUUCAGCGGCACCAAUUCGAUCUUUUUCCAUGAUCUUGUGUCAAUCAAUUUGUGAGUUCUUUGAUUUGAAGUGACAGUUCUGUGGCAUUUAAUUUUGAAUCUCGGAGGUUAUGGGUGGAGUAUCCGUGUGGUAAUGCAGUAAAGUUUUCUGGGAAGCUAUUUGGGAAAUUGAAAUUGGAUAGAUUUCGGGUUAGGAGAGCUAUUUGUGUUAAUUCCCAGCUAGCUUUUCUGUUCUCCAUGCCUUUUGCGUAGCUUUAAUUUGUGUAUCGCUAUGUCGGGGGGAACACCCGUCGCGGGUGGUUAUAUGAGGCAGAGGCAUAGCCAGGGGUAUGCUUCUAGUGGUGAUGAUAUUGAGGAUGAUGCAUGUUCGAGGUUUCAAACUAUGGCGUUUCAUUCUACAAAGAUUCGGACGUGGAUUGGAGUUAUAGAGAAUGUCCUUUGGCUUGCUUCUGCUGCUUUCAUUGUAUACUAUGGUGAUAGGCACUCCAAUUUGAUAUAUCUCUUGUGGCAUGAUGACCGAAUAAGAAGACCUCCUUUUUACCUCGGGAUGGUGGGGAUCGGUUUGAAUGUCGUCAUCUUCAUUUACACAAGUAUGUCAGCUUGGAGCAUUAGAAGGUUUGAUGAAAAAUGGGAACUAGCAAGCUUAUCAGUUUUACCAAUUGUCACACUUCUCGGGCUUAUCUCCUUUUUCUUGUUGUCAUUUGCUGUCUGGCCAAUAUGGGGUUUCCUGACUAUUCCUCUUCUGUUCACUUUGUUCAUGGCAUGCAUGGUUGUAUUUCCCAAUAUAAUGAUCGGGAAAUUCAGGCAUCAGAGUGAUGUGCUCCGUACAGAUUAAACAUUUGCUUGAUCGAGGUGAUGCAUAGAUGAAAAGAUUGAUUUUGAAGUACAGAUGAUUGGUUGGACUGGCUUGAGAUAAAAGAAGAUUCUGAUGUGGGCAAUUUACCAUAAACCAACUGCCUUCUCUUCAGUCAACUCAAAUUCCGACCUUGCCAGAAUGAUGCACAGUAAUGGUACAUUUGGAAUUCGUUAUUUUGAUACAACCACAACCGUAGCACCAUUCUUCUAUCGUUACAUCUUCUGUUAGCAAAGGUCCAUUUCCUUUGUUACGUAGUUUAGUUGCCUCAUUUUUUCAUUGGAAAGUAGGUGUGUGGCGUGCCCUAUUAUUCGUGUACGUGAUUCAUUCGAUUUUAGCAUCUUCUUUGGCUAUAAUUUGUUUAUGUUUGGUAGGACUGUAAAGUUUUUUGGAACUACUGUUCAGUGAAGUUACUUGAAUGAAUGAUCUCUUGGGCAUUUUUCUUGCUUA